CAUAAUAUUAAACUUAAUUCACAAAUGGAUCAACUUUGUCGUGUUUGCAUGGAUAACUCCGUUACAUUGGUCGACAUAUUUGCCGAGCGGCAACAACAAUCAACGGACCAUCCGAGCCCGAGCCUGGCUGAAAUCUUAAAUGAAUUUUGUGAGGUACAUCAGGAAGAUUGCCUACCGCAGAACAUCUGUUUGUCCUGUGUACUUGCGGCACAGAAUGCGUAUAAAUUCAAACGAACAUUUGAAGAUAAUAAGCAGAAACUGCUAAAACUACUAUAUAGUACCAGAUGUGCGGAUAACAGCAGCGCAUUGCCAUUCGUGGAGGCAAUCUAUAAUAAUGACCGAGAUGCGGUAAAUUUGAGCAACGUUAAGGCUGAGCCACUGAACGAGGAUGAAGCCGUUACCAAUGAAAACGACGUACCCUUGAAAAAUAAAAAAACCACAAAACGGCCCACACAAAAACGGCAAACAUCAAAGUUGCUAAACCGUCGGAUGCCACAGAGCAAUGGCGAAAGACCUUACAAAUGCAAGUUCUGCGAAAAAGGAUUUGAUCGAAAAUAUAUUUUGGGACUGCACGAGAAGCGACACACUGGUGAAAAAACUCAUUUCUGUGACACUUGUGGUAAGGGCUUCAUCCGAGCCCACGAUUUAACCGUUCACACUCGUGUUCAUACUGGUGAACGCCCGUUUAAGUGUCCCCAAUGCCCGCGAUCGUAUGUACAAAACUACAUGCUCAAGGGGCAUAUGCUUCAACAUGCCCAUAAGUUGGACUCUCGGGUGCACGGACAAUCCAAUAAUUCGAUCAGGAAUGUUGGCACUAGGAUCAUUGUUCCAAAAAUUAGAAAGCAGAAAACUAAGUCUAAUAAUGCGAGACAAAAAAACGAAAAAACGAUAAAUAUUUUGGAGCGGGGGCUACGGAGUAGGAUAGCUCCAGUUGCCUAUGAAGAACUGGACAUAGAAUGUGAAUUAGUAGACUUAGAGACGAAUCCAAUAGCUGAGCAGAAAUCGAAAAUAAUUGAGCAAAAUUUUAAACAAAAAACGACCAAAAAUGGUUCUGCAAUCAUAAAGGGACGGCAGAAACACAGCAAGUCCAAGAGCGUUAAAGACCGCAGCAAUAAAUGUGGUGGAAAACGCAAGACCCAUUACUGCGAGACUUGCGGUAAGGGCUUCCCUCGCAGGUAUGGAUUGGUAACACACAUUCGGGUCCAUACAGGAGAGCGCCCGUACAAAUGUCAAUGUUGUGGCUUUGCAUUUACUCAAGGACAGGCUCUUAAUAGACACAUGCGUAGAAUUCAUAGUGGUACCAAAGAUUUGCUAAAGCCAACAAUAAAGCGAGCGAUUGUACGAAUAGCGCGUAUUCAAUUACCUCCUCGCGUUUUGACUGUAAAAUGUGUUGACUGACCAAAUGUUAUUUAUUAGCAUUAUUCCAAAUGUGUUUCA